GCCGGGCAGACCUUACAACGCGCAUUUCCGCAUCACGCUGAAAGGCGUGUUGGCGCUUAAGCGGAUUUGUAGCUUUAACUUCUAGGGCAUUGGUCAAUCUGUUCGUGCCAGAAAAGUAGUCCUGUUUAGGUUCAGUUCCGUUUUAGUUAGCUGUUGAGAUCCGCUUCUCUUCUGUUACCGAACCCGGGGACCAGGAUACCCACGGCACAGGCGUACCGGAGACGUAGAUAUAAAAAUAUCCGAACUUGCUGACAAGCUUGUGCAACUAGAUUGGAUUCCUCCAAAUGUUACUGCCGAAUUAGCCUCCGACUAUAUGUCCAAAAUUGGCGAACAAAACAUUCCAAUAGUUGGUAGCAAUGCGGCGAAGAAACGUAGGCAACAGCUCGAGUACCAAGUGCCUCCACAUGAUCUGGAUGCAGCUUUGUGUCAUAAUUUGUCAGAAAAAGAAGCAACACAGUUGGUGCACUAUGUCGAAAAAAUAAAAAAAAAUUGCGUUGGACAGGGAAUCGUAGUAAGAAUUGGUGACAAACAAGAGCGUUCAUUAACUGUUGCUAACCAUCCACAGUUAUUGGAUCUUGAACAGUCACUUCCUGGAAGAAGUCCAACGGGCAAACUUUUGAAUUAUAUUCUAUCUUCGGAGCCCGUGAGGAAAGCUCUUCUCGAAGAUCCACAAAAUGCUGGUCAACAAAUAUGCAUUUUGAGUGAGCCGUUAGAACCAGACUUUAAUACAAGUCUUUAUUUGUCGGACAAAAUUAAGUAUAAGUUGAAACUGAUGAAAGUUAAUUCAGAAGCCAUUCGAACCGCAGUAGAACAAGCAUCAGAAAUAGACAACGUUAUAAAAGCCUUAAAGUUGCAAAGAGUGUCUUUUGAGAACAGUUGCAAUAUUAUGGGACCUUUAUAUCAAUUUAGAAAAGAGUAUGAACGCAAUCCUAAAUUUCAAGCUGAAAUCAAUAAAUAUCUAAAUAUAUCUACUAAACCAGAAUCUUCGUUCAAAUAUUCUGCCCAAUCCAAGCAACAGGAAAAUGCAUCGAAAAAUACAAAAGUGCCUAACACAUAUACCCGCCAGUGUUUGGCUGCUAUGAAGAAAGAUAACGUUCUUGCUAGUAUUCUAGAUUCCGAAGCUCUAAAGACAAUUUUACAAAAACCAACUAACGGAUGUAAACUUAUCAUUUCACGCAAACCUUUGAUACCUGACUUUCAAAGUAGUUCACUCCUGCCUGCAGCUUCAAAAACAUUCCUGGAAAGCAUAAAACUAAAUUCUGAAGUCGUGAAAAGCGCAGUAAUAAAUGGCCCAUUGUAUGAUGAACUUUUCUCAAAACUACAAAGGUCUGGUAUAAACUAUGCUGAAGAUUCAGUUUUGCGGUCGCUAGAUAUGUUCCGUGAGAAAUUCAUUAGUUACGAGGGAGUAAAUUGCUUUCAGAAAGAUAUAAUAAAUUUUGUCAAAGGAUCUGAUCUCUCUUCAUUCGGAGUGACUGCAGCUGAGGUACCUGAUACAAUACAAGCAACUAAAACUGCACAAUGUGAAGAUCCGAUACUCUCAUCACUAUUGGCAAAUCCGGAUUUGCAAGAUGCGCUGAACCACGGAAAGCAAUUAAGCAUGCCUCUGCAUCUAUCUUCAAACAUCCCAAAAACCGAUAAACUAUUAUGUACCUCUAAAAUAUCGCGUCCGACCUAUGAAAAGAUCGCCAAUACAGGAAUUGAUCAUUUAAUUCUUGAAAGUGUUGUUAUCAAUGGCCCAAUAUAUGACACAUUGUUGCAACGAUUGAACAAUCGCGGUAUCAAUUUUGCCGGUGACUUAUUAUUAGACUCGAUCAUGAUGAUCCGCAAUGAAUACCGUAAUGAUGAUAGUUUCAGAAAAGAUCUUGCAAGGUAUAUUGCUCACCCGGAGCCGCAUCUCUUUGAGCAAAUCGAAUUUGAACAUAAUCCAACGGUCGAGUCAUCAAUAGCAGAUCAAAUGUCAAAAAUGCAUAUCGCCCAUAGUGAUGAUUCCAAAUUCGAAUCAGUCCCGCCAACUCCCAAUUAUUCCACAUACCCAGGACCUAUCAAACAAACCGAAAGUCAGACGGAGCCUAAACUAAACGACGAGUUCCGAUCGAGAAGUGCUAUAUUAGAAAAUAGGAAUUCUUCAAAUCAAGGAUCUUUACCUUGGAGUCAUGCUACCUGCAGUGGGUGUUUGAAAGCCAUUACCCUCGGUGAAGUAGUUGUUAAAGCUGAGAGAGUGGGAUCGAAUGCAGCUUGGCAUCCUCAGUGCUUCAAAUGUUACAAAUGUAAUGAAUUGCUUGCCGAUUUAGUGUAUUUUUUCCACGAUGGCCAGGUAUAUUGUGGACGUGAUUUAGCAAACAUACUGAAAAUUCCACGUUGUGCCGCAUGUGACGAGUUGAUCUUUACCAAGGAAUAUACAGCAGCAGAAGGAGCAACAUUUCACAUUAGACAUUUCUGCUGCUAUCAUUGCGAUGCACCACUUGCUGGUCAACAGUACGUUCCUGAUGUUAAUUCUAGUAUGCCGCUCUGCUUGAACUGUUAUGAUACAUAUUUUGCAAAAACUUGUUAUUUUUGCCACGCAACUAUUGGACCAACUGAACAAGGAGUCGCCUGGAAUAAUAUACAUUGGCAUGGGAUGUGUUUUCUUUGUAAUGGUAAAGGGUGUGGCAAGUCACUUAUUGGGGGGCGAUUCUGUAUUAAAAAGGACAUGCCUUUUUGUAGUGCACAGUGUGUAAAAAGCGUUCAAUUAUAACCUCAUACAAAUAAAUGAAUACAACUUUCAGUGCCUAAAUCCUAAAAAAUAUUAUUGCUGACUGCACCCCAAAAUGGGCUGAUACAAUAGUGUGCAUCACACUUUGGAUGUGAUUGCAGCGCCGGGCCACGUGGGAUCGAGUUGAGGUCUUCGGUGCACUUAUUCCUUGUAAAUGGAGGAAUAAGUGCACCGAAGACGGCGAGACGAUCCGAGGCAAAUGUGCACUUUUGUCACACUUUUUAAGCGUACCAAAAAAAAGUGUGAUAGUCCAAUUUGGGACGUAGUCUGGAAUAUGAGCUGAAACAAUUUGAAGACUAGCAUUAAAAUAAUUUGAUAAUUUAUAUUUUUUUUUCAUUUAAUGAAACCAUUAUAAAGAUUCUGCGUCUAAAUAAAUCACAAACUAUAUGGCAAACUA